CUCCGCCAUGGAGGAUGCUGCUCCACCCCGCCAUGGAGGAUGCUGCUCCACCCCUGCGCCGCUCCGUGCCCCCGACGCUAUGGAGGACGCCGCUCCAUCCCUGCUCCAGCCUCAAGACUGCAUAAAAGUUCUGCAUUGCCACUGAACUGGAGCAUUUUUUGGUCGCCGCCUUGCUUGCGGGUUGCGCCGGCAUAGGGAGGCCACGAGGACCAUGUUGGCGACGUCGAUCGGUUGGUCGCCCUGCAUCUCAAGUAAGCAAGGAGGGAGCUUGCUGCCAUCAAGAUCACCUGGUUCUGAGGCAUCAUCUUGUGGAGGACUCAUGUUAAGAUCAAUCCCAAACAUCAUUGCGGCGGUGGAGCACUUGCUCAGGUAACUGUUCAUGUUCCAAUAAGAAAGAACAUUCUGGUCAAGUUAAAUCAGCUAAAUCAAAGAGGCACCUGAAAAUAGUUCUCUCCACAAGAAUUGUUUGCUAGACUGAUGGUUAUUGCUUCAUUGGUUAUUUGCUUCAUUGGUUAUUGCAGAACAAGUAGGUAGUGAUGGGCUGCUUGCUUGAGCCUACACCAUGCUGUCUUUUGUUCAGACUUGAGAGUAAACAAAGAGCAGCUGUUAAAAGCUUUGUUUCUUUUACAAUUCCUAGAUAAGUGGAACAGUGGAAUGACAUUUGGCAUUCAGGACAUGUACCACUUAUUUUGCAUUCAGGACAUGUUUGCAAAAUGCAUAAUGCAAAGGUUCAAGCUCUAUUCAAGUUCUGUUUAAUCCAGCUUCAUUUGGUAUUCAAGUUCUGUUUAAUACCAGCAGCAAUUAAGUUCUCUUUAAUUCAGUAUUCAGUACAGAACAUCAAGUAUUCAGUAUUCAUAAACAUCAAGGUGGAUCCGGCCGAGCUCUGCCGGUGGCUCAAGAGGAAGAUGAGUAAGGAUGUCAAGAUCGUCUGCCCUCAUCCGCCGGUUGCGAAUCCUAAGCAUAAAAUGAUACUGGUUCUGGGAAGCAGCUCAAGAACUGGGAACCGGGGACAAUCAAGGGAGGUGAUCAGCAACAGUAAGAAGGCUCUGCUAGACAAUGCCCUGAGCCAGCCCGACGCGUUCAAGAAACUAGAAUCACUCACUCAGUGCCCUGAUCUUUCAACAGCAACAGCAACAGAGGCGGGGGCGGGGAAUACCAGCAGCAACAGAGGCGAGGGCGGGCACGACCUUCGGAGGAGGGCCAGCACGGAGAGGAAGACCCUGGGCUUGGAGGAGAGGUUGAGCAGGGCCAACGCGGCGAUGAAGACCCUGGGCCAGAGCGGCGACGAAGACCCAGCGCCGCGACGGCAUCCAAAAUUGUCCGCGGCGAUGGCGGCCAAGGCGGACCAAAUCGAGGACCUAGUCGUCGAUUUACUGCUUCUUGGCACGAUUCAGAGGGAGGUGACAAAGAGGAAGAACUUUAGGAGCAAUCCCGCUGCUCAGGUAGGCGAGGGCACACCCAUGGCAGCUGCGCAGCUGUGCGGCGGCGCAAGGCGCCUCCGUGGAGGUCCUGCGCGUCUCCUCCGCGACGACGCAGGUCGUCUCCUGCACAGGCGGCUUGGGUCCUACGACGCGCGGAGACUCUCUCUGGGUGCUAAGGAGAACGGGGGAGGAAGACGGGGGAUGGUGGCCGGAGCCGGCGACGCGCGAGCGACGGUGGAGAAGUGAGGAAGAAGACG